AUGCCGGGAGGCCGGCGGAACCCUCACGAGUUCGGCGGGGGAGCACAAUUAUCGGACUCCGAUGCUUGCCUGACGGCGGAGAAGUAUCGGCGGCUUCGUAUCGGCGCCGCUAUCGCCCGCGGCCAACCGACGGAGGUCGCAGUCGCCUUUUCCGAGCUCGCGGUGUUGCUCGACGACUGGUGGUCGGACUGGAGGAGUGAGAAGGACGCGAGGGAGUUGAUCUUCGAAGACCUCAUGGCCGCAGCUCGCGCGAUGGCGACGAUAGGGGGGCAGCGGCAAUUGGACGCGGGCUCGAGACUGCUGAAGUCAGCGCAGCGAGUGCUCAAGGCUCAGAAGAAAUCCGCGGUCGAAAAGGAGUACAAGCGCAGCGCCGUCGCGAGGAAGAGAAGCGAAAAGAGGGGUGCAUUCGACUCGGACGAGGACGAGGACGGGCCCACACAGUUCACGGAACUGCCGCAGGACAUCAUGGAUCUGGUCUUCCGGAAGUUAUACGCCUGGGACUUGGCUCGCGCGGCGUGUGUCUCCCGCUCCUGGCGUGACACCGCGAGACGAACGCUCGGGAGCUACGGGAGCUACGGACGGGGCUACCCGAACCCGAACGAGUUGAAGUGGGAGCACUUCGCCGCUCGCACUCCAUGCGCGAUAGCGGAGUGCCGCACCCCGCACUGGUCGAGCGAAGGGUUCGAGUUUGACUGUCUCGUCAGCGAUAAACGCUCGCCGGAUGGAAAGCGCUGCCGAAUCGUUCAGCCGGCGAUCAUCUCAAGCGGGGAGGACGGCGUCCCGACCCCGAGGAUGCGCAGGGAGAAUCUCGAAGUGACAGACCUCUACAUGUACUCCAAGCGCAUGCUUCGAGACUACCUGUAUGGUGUACCGGACAGCUCUGAUGAGGAUACUGACAGCUCCGAAGGCGAGAUGGGGACCAAGUUUUGGCGGCUACCGACAAUUUAG